GUUUUUUUCUAAAAAAACGUGUCAACUGUUGAGCUAAGCUGGGUGCCACUUCUCUCACCUUCUUCCUCGUGCACUUCACAUCUGGACUCUGUUGGAAGAAAAAAAAACUGAAGAAAACCCCAAGUGACAAGUAACGUGAACUUCCAUUUUCCAUCUAACAAGUGAUGAUUUCCAUGGAAGAAAAAAAUGAGCAAGAGGAAGAAUACAAUGAAGAUGAACUACUAAAGAACAACAAUUCAUCAGUUCAAAACUCAUCAUCAUCAAAUUGGUUCAUAAAAAUGCUAUCUUCACAAGCAGAAAUCAUCACAACUGUUUUCAUUUCACUAGUUUCCCCAAUUUUCUACAUCCUCUCUUUUGCUAAUAUCUUUGAAGAAGAAGAAGAAAGUGAAAAGAAAGUCUCUGUAGCUGUACAUGUUGUAGCUACAGUUUCUUCGAAGUUACUUCAUGGAGUUGCUCUGCUGCUAAAGAAAUUUGGGGCUGGAAUUCUUGGAGCUGCUUACGUUGCUAUAGUUUUGAUAAGUUUGUUGAUGGUUUCGGGGAUUUUGGGAUUUGGGUUCGUGAGGAUGUGGAUGGAAGAACCUGUGAUUUUGAGAGAACCGUUGUAUUUUGAUUAUGCAGAUGGGAAUCCAAAGGCUGUUUUUUCUUUUGGUGGAGGUUAUGAUAAUGAUGCUGGUGUGCCUCUUGGGCAUACAAUGUAUGUUUCUUUGUUUCUACUAAUGCCUGAAUCUGAUUUCAAUAGAGACAUUGGUGUUUUCCAGUUGGUUGCAGAAUCAUUAUCAAAAGAGGGGUUGGUAAUGGCGACAUCAAGUCAUCCAUGUAUGUUACGAUUCAGGAGUUUGCCGAUCCGUCUGAUGCGCGAAUUUAUAAUGAGUGUGCCCCUAGUACUUGGACUUACUGCUGAAACGCAAACGAUUGUUGUUACGAUGUUAAAGCAUAAGGAAGGUCUUCCAAGGACAGAAGCAAUCAGAAUAACUAUGAUACCUCGAGCCGGAACGUUCGGUCUGCCCCAACUUUAUCAAUCACAGAUCAUAUUGAAAUCUCAGCCUCCUUGGUAUAAAAACUUGGUUUACAAGUGGAAAUGGACAAUAUCUGUCUGGGCUUCAAUGUACAUGUAUGCCACUCUGCUAGUUAUUCUCCUCAGCUGGUGCAGACCGCUCGUCUUUCCAGUGAUUGCGACAAGCUUUAUGACUAGUGCUGAUGUGAAUUCAACAGCAGAAGCACCGGAAGAACCACAGGAGGAAGGUCGAGAAGAAAGUGAUGUGUCCGAGUCAGUUAGAAGAUGGCGCCAGAGCAGAAGAAAGAGGAAGGCCAUGCUUCAACAGAGCGUGUCACCGGAGUUUGCAGAUGAUUCUGCAUCAAGCAUUUCCAUAACUAGGGAAGACACAGCUGAUUCAAGCGAGUGAAGUGUUUUUGGAAGUGAAAAAUCAAGGAUAGAUUGGUCUCUAUAGGUUUAGUGACAAAGACAGUGCUAUCUUAGUAGUUAAAAUCGUUCGUUUUCGUAGCUUUUUAGCAUAAAUAUCGGGAUCUUUGUUCUGUUUGAGCAACCAAAUCACAGGAGUCUUGAGGUUUUCUAUAGAGGAGUUUACUAUGUCAAUUUUGAGCACAAUCAGAUGUAUGUAAUUGAAAAUAGUUGCAGACUGAGGGUUGUAAUUUACAUGAGACAGAGAUGUAUGUAUACGAGUGCGGGACCUAAAUAAGCAACAAAAAGAUGAUCAAAAUAAGUCACUAUUUUGGGAAA